AUGCAGACGCUCCCGGUUCUGCUCCUCGUCGUUGCAGCCAGCCUACCAACGGCGGAAAGCCUUGGGUUCUGGCGUCCUAACCUGCCAGAGCCAUCGACAGAGCUCGGAUUCAACGACAGCAGUCUCGUAUUACCGAGAGCGAACCGAUGGCCACGGCCGCAGCUGACGCCGGUAGUCAUGGAUUCAGAUGCCGUCGCAAAGAGACUAGAGCAGAGAGACACUGUCACGGCCGGGACCAUAGGCAAGAACACCUGCGGAUUAUUCACCCUCUCUAAAGAGACGGAUCCGGAGAUACGAACGCGCCUUUGCGUUGAGCCAGACACCAGCUGCAUCGUUCAAAAGGAUUAUCUGUUCUGCGGAACGAACCCAAUCGUCUCCUGUUUGCCUCAAAGUAACCCCUUGUGCGGCUCAUCUCCAUCUCAAACUCGUGGAAAGGAUACGAUUUGCUGCACGUCAACAGACGGCUUCAACGGGGAGUGUCAGCAGUUCGUCAGGAAAGAGGGUACUCAGAGCAAGAAGCUCUGGGGAUGUCGCGAGACUGGCUUGCCGUGGGAUCCCAUUGUCUACCUGUAUACCGCAUCGUCCAAUCUGCUUCCUGCAGUUCCUGUCACCACCACGCCUUCUUCUUCUUCAGCAGAGACACGAACCACAUCCGUGCCAAACUCCUCCUCUACAGCCUCAGACGACACGCCCACCGCUUCCGUCCCAUCGGGCCCAACACUCUCAACAGCCUCCUCGACAAGCGCACCGACGCCUGAGCCUUCCAGCGGCGGCGGUGGCGCAGCUCCAUCGAGCGGCUCUCAGACGGGUGCCAUCAUCGGUGGCGUCCUCGGCAGCGUAACCAUCCUCGCCAUCGCCGGCUGCGUCGCUACCUGGCUCGUCGUGAGACGGAGACGAGCGACGACGGUUCGGGGAGAAUCGAGGGGCGGCGGUCGCGUCUCGCCGUCUCCCAGCCACGAGCUUGUUGGCGAUCAGCCGUGUGUGUCUCCGAACCCGAAAGAAGGAGGCGGAGGAGGGGAGCAGUGGGACUAUCAGCCCAUGUCGCCCUUGUCACCCGCGUCCUCGUCUGCGCAACGGGAUGUGUUUCAGGCGCCGGCGAGCGAUUCGAUAGGGAGCGCUAUGAAGCCUGCCGAGCUGGGUUGA